GUGCGGUGACGUCGCCGCGGUCAGCGUGUUUGUAUGCGAGAGAGGGGCGCUCGGAGCGGCGGCUGCGCGGGCUUAAAGGCCAGUUGACAUGGUGUGAGCGACGUAAUAACCAGCAGCCGUGCGGAGGGGCAGCGAUGGCCGUGUGUGCGCUCACCAUGCUGGACGGAGUGGGUGACGAGGUGACGGUGGCGGGGGGCGUGGUCCUGCUUGGGCUGGCGCUGGUCCUCGCCUGGCUAUCUACCCACGUCGUGGAGCGUGGAGAUCACAUCCUGGGCACCAUCCUCACCGUGGGGGCCCACGCCUCGCUCAUCGGCCUAGGUGGCCACGACGCCUACAUGGGGGGUCCGCCGGGCGCAGAUGCCACGGAGCCGCAGCCCCCCGCCCCGGCCCAGGAGGACAAGCCGGAGGAUGAGGACCCGGCCCCUGAAAGCAGUGUGGUGGAAGGGGCCGGCGAGGGUGCCGCGGAGCCCGGCGUCGACCAGCUGCUGAACAUCCAGGGUAUGCGGAAGAGAGCAGGUGCCGUCAGCGAGUUGUCCGCCCCUCACCACGAUGAGCAGGAGGAAGACAGUGGCGAUGGAGAGGAACAGGAGGCGACACCCCUCAGCCAAGUGGCGCCCGCUGCUGACAUCACCGUGCGACUGAAGUUCCUCAACGACACAGAGGAGCUGGCCGUGCUCAAGCCCCAGGACACGGUGGGACUCCUCAAAAGCAAGUACUUCUCCGGCCAAGAACGGCAGAUCAAGCUGAUCUUCCAGGGCCAGCUGCUGCAGGACCCAAAGCGAACGCUGCUCUCCCUCAACAUCACCCACAACAGCGUCAUCCACUGCCACGUGUCGCAGGCAUUGCGCGAGGCCGGUCCCGAGGACGGGGUAGAACACGCUGGGUCCGCCUCGGCACGGGGUGUCGGGGGCGCGGGCCUGGCACUCAGCACCAGCAGCCUGGUUGUGCCCAUUUUUGUGGUGAUGCUGGCCGUGGUGUGGUACUUCCGCAUCAACUACCGGCAGUUCUUCACUGCCCCGGCAACUGUCUCCCUCGUGGGCGUCACCAUCUUCUUCAGCUUCCUCGUCUUCGGCAUGUACAGCCGGUGAGAGUGGGGCGGCCCUGAGGGGACGGGGUCUCUCCGGAGCAGGAGGUGCAGCGAGAACAAAUACAUAGCAGACGUCUUAGUUUUGCAGACUAGGGCAGAACGUGGGGGAACUGCAUCGUGUCAUUUUGGAUCGGGCUCUUCUAGGGCGUCGCCGAACAGUAAGUAGGGUCGGGGGAGGACGGCGUUCCAUAUUUCACGUGGUAGAAAAUCAAAGGAGUAUUUUGCAUAAAGAAUCAGUUGGACAAGGUUGUAAUUGAGCCCCUAAAAAGACAAAGGACCAUGGCAGUUGAACCCCAGGGUCGGUUGCUCUCUGGUCCCGUUAGGCCAGAACUCCCACCGUCAGAUAGGUUGCAGCCGGACUUCGCCCCCUCCCAUUCUUCAGCAGUCUUAAAGCACGCUAUUCCACCCCAUUCCCCAAGGCAGUGCCCCACUUCGAGGUUCCCCUCCAAACAAAACCGCCGCUGAGCAACCAGUGAGAUUCGUACUCCUUACCACUGCGUCACAUUAGCACAGCUGUUUGUUUUCAUCAUCAGUAGAUAGGAAAAACGAACUGCAGGGGAGAUUUGUCCAAGUGCAGGUAGAUCGAUGACUCUAAAUUGUCCUGUGUGUGUGUGUGUGUGUGUGUGUGUGUGUGAAUGAACGAGAGCAUGUGCUUGCCUUGUGAUGCAGUGGUGUCCCAUCAGGGUGUACCCUGUCUCAGUCCCCAUGUUUCCAGGAUAGACUCUGGACCAGUGCAACCAUGAACUGGAUAUGAACUUACCGAUGAUGGAUGCACGGAGUAGGCGGCCCAGCCUGGAUCGCGGCGCCCUGGUCACAUACCCAUGAAUCCUGGACCGCAGACAGGCGUCCGUUACGCACGGGACAUGCCUUUUCCAUUUUCACUUCAGUCGGGGCUUCAUCUUCGUCUUCGGCGCUCUUCUCCUGUCGUGGCGCAACCCGUCAUGGGGCGUCAUCUCCCAGUCAGUUUCCGCACCAACCCGUAGCUACAUCGCUGCUCGAGUGCGAACAGCUGCUACACAUUCCACGCACAAGGAUGAGGUUGUGAAACGCAACUCCUUCUGGAAUCAAGAUGCAAAGAAAUAGAACGAAUUGUUCGUAAAGCAGUCAUAAAGUGUCAUUUCGUUAAUUUCCCUACAGGAAUUAAUGAAGUGCCAUCCUAUCCUAUCCUAGUUAUAGACAUUUUUCAUUUUGUGGAGUCGAGUUAUUUAAAUCGUAUUAGCAUGCGUGACAAAGUAAGGUCACAUGCAAGGUCCUGCACCGGUGUUUGUGUCACUGUCCCUGGACACCCAAGGCUGCUUGUUACCACACACACCUUCCUGUGUUCUGCCCGAGCUGCUGGGUAUCGACUGUCCGAUUUUAGCAAUGGCUGACAAGUAUCCUGAAUAUUAGAUUAUCACCUUUUCUUUGUCGAAGGCAUAGCAUCUUCCUGCAUUUUAUUAAGACGUGUACAAGCAAUGCGUACAGUUUGGUUUUUUUUUUGCAGUAAUUUGACUAGAUUUUAUGCUUAAGUACUCAUAAAAUAAAUGUUUUAAUGCUGUGUGUGAUAAAGUAACCCCUUAUAGGAGAUGCUUUGUGUAAAUAUUUAAAAUUUAUUUACUGUACAUGGGCUGGAUUGGGAAAAAGUGGCACCGUGGGGCUCUUUGACUGGGAGGAAGUGCAGAGAGGGGCACAGUCAUGCUUUCUGCCCACGUCUCUGGAUCUAGUUUGAUUUCUAAUGAGAUUUUUAAAGAAAAUUUUUCUUCUGUAGCUUUUAUGUCGUUGCCGAAAUGCCAUUAAUGUGACAGGAAUUAAAAGCAUUUUAAUCCAGUUAGCUGGCAUUUGUGUGUGUCUACGUGGAUAUAUGU